UUAUUUUUGGCUGUCAUUCGUGCGAGAAAUUGCCCAAAAUUCUGCUGUAUAUAUUGAAAUAGUCGUUACAAAGCUUCUUCAGUUUCAGUCACACUUUUCGCGUAUUUGUGUUUCGUGUCGCAAGUUUGUCUACAAAAUUAGAAGAAAUCCGUUUCAAGAAAUUUAGUCAAAUUUCAUAAUGCAUUUUUGCAAAGUUUUUCUCACCACUUCAGUUUUGGCUUUUUUAUUCGCUACACCGAUAUCUGCAGGCGUCACCGAGGAGCAGAUGUGGGCCACAGCAAAAUUAAUGCGAGAUGUGUGCUUGCCGAGAUUCCCCAAAAUUAGCAUUGAACUUGCCAAUCAAUUGCGCGACGGCAACAUACCAGACGAUAACAAAGACGUGAAAUGCUAUAUUAAUUGUGUUUUGGAAAUGAUGCAAACGAUGAAAAAGGGUAAGUUCCUGUAUGAUGCGUCGCUAAAGCAAGUGGAUUUAGUUUUACCCGACAGCUACAAGGACGAUUAUCGCGGAGGUCUGCUGAAAUGCAAGGACGCUGCUGUUGGCAUAAAAAAAGACAAUUGUGAAGCGGCUUAUACAAUACUGAAAUGUUUGCGUGGUGAAAUUAAAAAGUUCAUCUUUCCUUAAAAUGUGUCGAAAUUGUAUGCCUUAUUUAUUAUAAAUCUCUAACAAGUACAAUAAAGAUUGUGGUACAAUAAA